AUGGAACAAAAAAUUAAUACCACCUUAUUUUUCAAAAUUUCUGCGUUUAUGAUUUUAAGUUGGAUAUGUCAUUUUUUUGUGAUACAGUAUGAUAAUAGAACUAAUAACAAAUUGUUAAUUGAGAAUUGGGUACCAUGUAAAAGAUUAAAUACAAGAAGUUAUCGUUUACUAGCAAAAUAUAAAAAGAAUAAAGAUUCAAAUAUUCUAGAUCUUAAAGAGGAUAAACCAUUCAAUGGAGAGAUUAACAAAGGAAAAAACAGACAGUCUAAUAGAACUUUAUUAAAUAAGGCGCAGUACUAUACAGAAGUUAUAGAUUAUGAAAAUGGGAUGUUUGAUGGUAAAUACUUCCAUUUUGAAAAAAAAUUAAUUAAUAAAAAUGACUAUGAUGAUUUACUUGAAAAAAAAAGGAGAAUUUGUGAUAUAGAUUUAAAAAAAAUUAAAUUCAGAAAAUACAGAUAUGGAGCUUUUAUAACUUCAUUUUUUUCUUGUUCGCAUUUGGAUUGCCAAUAUUACAACAUUUUAAGUACUUGA